GUGUCUCCAGGUACUGGCAUGAGUGCAGUGGGGGGUGGGCUGUGGGGGGGCCCAGGCGGGCCUAGGACCCCCCCCCAUGGAAAACCAGCUCUGGCAUGACAUCUUCGGGUGCGGCAAUCAAUACCAAGAAAGCCCCCAGGAUGCAGAGGACAUCCUGUUCUUGCUGCUGGGCCUCAUCAUUCUUGUCAACAUUAGCAUCAACAUGGCAACCGUGAUGUGGAAUGGGCUCCAGAAUGCCUUAGACAAGAUGAUCUAUUGGAUUAACCAGAAAAAUGAAGUCCAGGCUAGUGAAUGUUCCCCCAAAGAGCCUCCAGCCAAGACCCAGGAUAUCCACAUCCACUGCACCCUGGACCCUGUACAAGUAAAGAUGGCCCGGCCCACACGCUACUACUCUUCCUCCUGCCACGGUCUUCUCAAUUGCCACAGCUGCCGCCGCUGCCGCCGCUACCAACAGCAAAAGCCACAGAACCACAAACAGUUCCCCAAGAGCUGCCGAAUCUUUCAUAACCAAGCUUACGGCUACAAGACAUCACAGCCACGACCAGUGCCCUUUUUUGACCUGGAAGACCGGGACUCCUACCCAGAAGACUUAGAAGAUCUGUCUUCCCCAAUUCUCAAGUACCCACGUCAUCGGGGCAAAGGUGGGCUCUAUCGGCAAAAGAAUGUGCCCUCCAUUGUGGGGCUGUGGGGCCGCCAGGGUGGAAUUUUGGCUAGCUUGCCACCACCUUCUCUCUACUUGUCACCUGAGCUGCGCCGCUUGCCCAAGCGUGUAGAGGCCAAGUCAGAGCUGAGGCUGCAGUCCUAUGGGCCCCAAGGCUCACAAUCCCGAGCUUGCGGCAAUGUGGAGGCCAAGCAGUGCACCACUUCUCCACUACCUACCCGUCGGCUUCCCCAUAACUCUUCCUGGGUCCCUGGGAGGCAGAGCCCUUACUCUUCAAGGGGCCAUGUACUAUGUGACACCUGGGAUCAGCGGCAGCGUGGUAUGGAGAGCUCUGAGCCCCCACCUUCCUUGAUGUCCCGAAACCCCUGGCCAGAGGCCCAGGCCUACCAGGAGCACUGCUCCCCACAGUUCCAGGGACGGAGCCUCCUUGGCCACACUCACACCCAGCCCAACCACAGCCCGCAUCCAUCUACGGGACACUUAGGUUUCAGCUCCCGGGAUGCCCAUGAGAUACGGUACCGGGCAGCUGACUGGGCUGAGGCUUUGCCGGCUCGGCAACCUCUGACCACCUCCACCUCCCUCACGAUGUUGGGCGAAGCCUCCUACCAACGAGCCCCAGCUGCCAGUUCAGCCUUGCCUCCUCCCUCCUCCCAGCUCCUGCCUGAAGUUAGCCAGGCUGUUGAUCCCACCCCACCCUCAACCACAUUUGUCCCACUCAGACGGAAUCCAGGGGGUAAUGCCAGCUCCCAGGUGUAUGACAGCCUGGAGCUGAAGCGGCAGGUACAGGAGAGCAGAAUACGAGCCAGCUCACUGCCACUACCUUCCACCUCAACCUCCAGGCCUUCUCUACACCGGAACAGGACUGGGAAAUUUAACUGACUAGCAGGUGAAAGUGGGUGGUAGGACAGUGUAUGGAGAGAGGAAUAAAAAAUGGAGGCCAGGAAA